AUGGAGGCGCCGGUGUAUGGCAAUUUUCGGCGGUACUAUGGCAUGCGCCGCGCGCGCGCUGUAGGCCAUGAAGGAGGCGUGGCUGUGCGUGCAGAUGGUGUGGAUGAGCGUGUCCUAGCGCUGGUGGCUUGGUGCAAGGCGCAUGCUACUCGUAUUCGGCGGAUCGAGCGUGUUCUGGACGUCGGAUGCAAUGCGGCUAAGCCUCUGCUGGAACUGUGUCAGUUGCUUGACCCGCCGCCCACACAGGCUGUAGGUGUAGAUAUAGAUGCGCAUCUCGUGGCGCAGGCGCGUUCUGCUCUGCGCCGCGCAUGGUCUCAGCGGCAGCCGGCGGCCGAUAGCACCUCGAUCGAGGCGAUGCACUAUUUCCCUACAUGCUUCACGUCGCUGAUGGGCCAGCUGCCGCUACCCAGCUCCAGUGCUUCGUUUCCCACGAAUGUAACGUUUGUCGCGCAGGACUGGAUGGAUGGGACGGUAGCUGCGCAGUACGACCUGAUCCUGUGCUUGUCCCUGACCAAGUGGAUCCACCUGCACCACGGCGACGAGGGCCUUGUGCGCUUCUUUGGGCGCAUUGUACAGAGUCUGCGACCGGGUGGGAUUGUGGCCAUGGAGAUACAGCCGUGGCAGUCUUACAGCCAGGCCCGCUCGUUAUCGCGCUCGCUGCGUGUCAGUCACGCACGACUUCGAAUUCGGCCUGAAGACAUGGAGUGGAUUUUGUGUCUGCUGGGUAUGACGUCGCUGGGCCCCAUUGCCCAGGGCGCCGGCUUCGGCUUCGUUCGGUCCGUGUGCGUAUUUCAGGCGCCACCGACGCAAGUGGAGCGAAUCCCCGCGUGCUUCGCUUGGCCUUGGGUGGAGCGCUGUCCCAACAAACGCGCUUCCCCCACUCCCAGGUAA